AACAAUAUUCCUCGAUUUUUCAACUAGAAUUCCAUUGUAUAUAUUUCGUUUCGACGAGACUAUAUCAUUCUAGCACCAGCAUCAUUUGCACAAGCUCGUAUUUGGCAUGAUGAACAAAUUCGAUUCAAUCUAGAAAAACCACAAGUAGCAAUCUAUAAUAUGGCUUUUGUUUACCGUCUUCAAUCAAGUCAUACUCUAUCGAUUAAACAACUUCGCCAUGCUCUACAGCUCACUACUGACAAACAUCUCUCACUUCAUACAUCACUUCUCUUCGAUACAGAAAUGAAUCAACUCAUGCAACGAGUUAUUACACGGAAACAAAACUAUACUGAUAUGCUUUCAAUCAUCGAAACUACUUAUGAAACAGACGAACAAUUGAAUGAGAUUUUACACAAUGAGAAACGUAAUCCUCAGCUUUUUGAUCUUGCUCAAGGUCUUGUCUUUCGAUAUCAUAUUAUUUAUUAUAAACAAAUCUCUUCAAAUCAUCUUCUUUCUGACCAGAAUAUAGUCAUUUUCAAUUUUCAUCAUGCUGUAUUUGAUUUUCCAUCAAUGCAAGCGUUUCUUCAUGAUCUCAAUCAAACAUAUACGACAGGUCAAUUAUUAUAUGAUGACAACACUAAUCUUCGUUAUCUUGAUUAUUCUGUUAUUGAACAACAAAUGUCAAUGACCGGUGCAAGUAUGUUUUGGCUUGAUGCUCUUCAUGAUUGUAAACUUGAUCAACCAUUAUCAUUACCAUUUGAUCGAUAUCGUCUCUCAAAUGAACAUCGAACUGAUCUCGGAACAUCUAUUUCAUUUGAUUUUAGUCAAGAUCUCUCACAUGCCUUUCUUACUCACGCAUCCUCAAACAACAUAUCAAUUGAACAUCUCACAGUUGCUAUUUAUUUCAUUUUUCUAUUUAAAUUGACUAAUGGACAAACAGAUCUAUGUAUUGCUAUGAACAUAAAUAAUAAUCGAUAUAGUGACGAACUCAAAUCAAUCAUUGGCUUGUUUGAGAAUGUCAUUCCAUUACGAUGUCAAUUAGAUUCUCAUUGGUAUUUUCAUCAAUUACUCAAACAUAUUCAAGACAUAACAACAAAGAGUAUGAAAUAUUCAUAUUUUCCACUUCAACGUAUUCUCAACCAACAUUCACAUAUUUCAAAACAUGCAUUUUUGGAUACAUCUCUAGAAUUCAUAUCAUACAAGAGUAAUAAUGCCAUGAUGAUUGGUGAUUCUGAAAUUAGACACAGUGGAAAAGAUUUCACAACGAUUUCAUUUCAUCUUACAUCAAUUAUCUACAUCUAUUAUUGA